AAUUGUUGGUUGCCUAUCGUUCAUAUUUGGCCAUCACUAAAAACAGCGGCAUUUCUUGUAAACGCAUAAAAACUACAAAUUAUUAUUAAAAAGUGACAUAAAAGCAGUUAACAAUGUCUUUCAUGAACCCCGUGGACAUGGUGGAUGAGGAUGCCGCCGACUUGCAGUUUCCUAAAGCUGAGCUCCUGAGGGAUCAGGUCCAGCGGUUUGCGCAUGCCCGCCAAGAUGGGAACACCAGGAGCAAAACGGUUUUGUACAGCCCUCUCACAUUGCACCGUCAACUGGAGCUCCUGGAGGAACUAGCGCGAGAUGAGUCCAGUAGGGCUCCAGCGGCUUUAAGUGACUCCAGUCGUUGUGCCACUUGUCGUGCCAACCUAGUGGAGCCCUACAUAAAGUGCUCCGAGUGCCUGGACACUAUGCUGUGCCUGCAGUGUUUCUCGCGCGGAAGGGAGGCAUCCUCGCAUCGCAAUAAUCACGCCUACAUCAUAGUCCGCGACAGCAUAAAAGUUUUCGCCGAGGAACCACAUUGGACGGCCCGGGAGGAGCGCAUUCUGCUGAAAACAUUGCGCACCCAAGGCUACGGCAACUGGGAGGCGGUAUCUCAGGCUUUGGACCGGCGGCAUGAUCCAUCGGAAGUGCGACGCCACUACCACGAUUGCUAUUUUGGCGGGAUCUUUGAGCGUCUGCUCAAACUGCACCAUGCGAGGCACUGCUAUCUUCCGGAGAGAAUGCCGUAUGUUUUCAAAAUGCGGAGUCUGGAUCCACCGCGCCACGAUGACAUCGCCUCCAUGCAGUUUAAGCUAAGUGCAGGAUAUCGCUGUGCAAGAAGCGACUUUGACACGCCUUAUGACACCUCCGCCGAAAGUCUGCUUUCCAUUAUGGUGGAUCACAGAGGCAGGUAUGAAAAUCAGGAGGCGGAAGAGAGCAAGGCGGAGCAAGGGGUGACCGAAGAACUGCAGCUGGGACUGGUGCGGGCAUACAACAAUCGUCUUAGAGAACGCCAACGUCGUUAUAAUAUUAUGCGUCAACACGGACUCAUCAUGCCCAAUCGCACAGUCAGUUGGAUUUCCAAGUAUAUGCACGCUUUCAGCAGCGAUGCAAGUUGCAUGCGUUUCUUGGGGUUCAUGCAGAUCUGUCCAGAUCCCAUUCAGUUCGACAUGCUUCUGGAAUCCCUUCGUUAUUGCCGGGAGCUGCACACCCGACUGCACAAGCUUUACGAUCUGCGGCAGCACGGUGUUCGCACUCAUUCUGGGGCCAAACUAUACUAUCGCCUACACAAGGAGCGUCAGCAGGUGCAGCGGGAUUAUAGCAGGCAGAAGCAGAUGGAUGCCUUCGACUGGCAGCAUUUGGUGCAGCACUACGAGAGCAACAGAAACGGAGAACAGCUGCCGCUGGGCAUCAGCUCAAAGAUGUAUGCCCUGCACACCCGCCGCAAAGCCAGUCCCAUUGAGAUUGGAGAUCUCCCUGGUUAUUCCAAACUGGACGAGGGCGAGCGAAAGCUCUGCAGUGUGGCUCGCAUAGUUCCACAAUCGUAUUUAGACUACAAGAAUCAAUUGGUUUCGGAGCACAACAAACUCGGAUAUCUGCGUCUGGCCGAUGCGCGACGGCUCAUUAAGAUAGAUGUGAACAAAACACGUCAGAUCUAUGAUUUUCUGCUGGAACACGGCCACAUUAGCCGGCCGCCUUCCUACGGCUAGCCUUUAGGUUUUCUCCAAAGUUUCACUUAGUUCGAAAAUGCCGAGACGCUGCUGAUAUCGGAGGUGCAUAUGCUGCUGGACCAUCGCAAACGCCAAAACGAAUCCGCCGACGAGGAGCAGGAGUUCUCAGAGGUCUUCAUGAAGACCUAUGCCUACACGGAUAGUUUUC